CAGAGAAGAUAAACUUCGAAAUGAAGCAGGAACCUAUCCUGCGAGAUCCCAGUUUCAAGCUUGGAAGUAUCUCGGAUGAGGACCGAGAAGUGUUUAAGGCUAAUGUUGAUGGAGUCGACUUUCGAACUGUCACAUGGCAGAGAGCCAUCAUUAUCUUCAUCAAGACUCAAAUUGCUACGGGAGUCUUAGGCAUUCCUAGUGCUCUCCACACGUUGGGUGCAGUUGGUGGAGGUCUAUGUAUUGUCGGAUUUCAAGCUUUGAACUGCUAUACCACCAUCGUAGCGGGAAACUUUCGAAACAAACAUCCAGAAUGUCACACUAUUGUUGACAUGGCAGGUGUCCUCUGGGGGCCAAUCGGACGAGAGUUCGUUGGCGUCAUGUUCAUGAUCGCAUUCAUUUUCUGUACCGCCAGCAGUCUUCUGGCAAUCUCGAUCGCUUCCAACGCACUUUCCAAUCACGGUGCAUGCUCCGUAGCUUUCACCUUCGUGGGCACAGUCUUGACCGUUAUAUUCUCCUGCAUUCGAACUUGGGGCAAAAUGACUUGGCCACUCACUAUCGGAUUCAUUUCUGUCAUGGCUGGUGUCCUAGUCGUUGUCAUUGGAGUUACCUUCAAAUCUCGUCCCGCUGCUGCGCCUCAAACUGGACCAUACGAGCUGGGAUUUUAUACCAUUGCUUACCCAAGUUUCGCAGCCGGAAUCACAGCCGCUUGUUCGAUAUUUGUUUCUAGUUGCGGAUGCCCAGGAUACCUUCCCGUUAUUGCCGAAAUGCGCAGGCCCCAAGAUUUCAAGAAGUCUGCUAUUAUUGUCGCUGCCCUUGUGGGGUCUAUCUAUCUGUCUUUUUCAAUGGUCAUGUACCGAUGGUGUGGCCAAUGGAUUGCUAGUCCGUCACUGGGUAGUGCGGGCCCUCUUCUCAAGAAAGUCGCUUAUGGUGUUGCACUUCCUAGUCUCGUGGUCAGUGCUGGAAUCUUCAAUCACACCUCUUCCAAAUACUUGUUCGUCCGUCUACUCCGGAAUACCAAGCAUCUCCAAGCCGACAGCUUGAUUCACUGGUCUACUUGGAUUGGUUGCAAUGCCGGUGUCGGCAUUUUGGCUUUCAUCCUUGCCGAAGCCAUUCCCGUCUUCAACUAUAUCUUGUCCCUCGAAGCUUCUCUGUUCUUCGUACCGAUGAGCUUGUUAUUUCCGGCCUGCUUCUGGAUGUAUGAGUAUAAGCACUACAGAAUUGGCACAUUCAAGCAGAAACUUGCCUACGCUGCGCACGUAUUGCUUGCUGCUAUUGCUGUCUUUCUGCUGGUUGGCGGAACCUAUGGAACUAUCGUUUCCAUCAUUGAUUCGUACAAGACGGGUGGUCUUGGCUCAGUUUUCAGCUGUGCGGAUAAUUCAAACACUGUUGGUGUAUAA